CGGCUGCCCCUUCGAAUUACUCUGCUUUCCCCUCCCUCUCCUCUCUCUCUGACCAUCAUCGGCUUGUCCAAAGUCUCAACAACUCGUCAUUCCAUGAUUUCGUUGGGCUUUGUCUGCGAUUAAGUGAUAAAAAUAGGGGAGAUGAAAGGUCCGAGGCAUGGAGGAAUCUCAGGGAGGACGAUCAUCUAAACAUCACAAAAUGGAGAAAUUGGAUAUUGGAGAAGCUCAGCCAUCUUUUCCGGAAAGGGAUGUUUAUAAAGCCCCCCUAAGUGAAGCAAGUUCAAAAGCAGUGUUAUUUGAUGAGGAAGAACUGGAAGAAGGUGAAAUCAGAGAGGAUGAACUAUUGACGCCAGGCAGGACAAAAAUGUGGUAUGUUGAUGAAGAGCUGGAAGAAGGUGAGAUCAGGGAGGGUCUGACAUCUGAGGCAGGACAGAAUGCUUUUGAACACCAUGAAGCUAGUUUAGAAGUUUCAUCAUCUGACAAUCAAGAAACAGGAGAAGCUGGUGUCAGAGUGGGCCAGUCAUCUGUGUCUAGAAAUGAUGAUACUGAAGACUUCUUGCACGAAACUAGUCCAGAUUUAACACUGUUAUAUGAUGAACUGGAGAAAAUUGAGAUCAGAGAGAGUCCUGUUGGUCAUAUAUCCUCUCGACAACCAAAUUUGUUGGAGCAGGAUGAGACUCCUGUUCUUGAACCUCUGUCUGCAAAGUUUCACCCACAAAUUAGGUCAUUGAAAGAUGAGUUCUUGGAGAAACAGGUUGACAUGAUUAAUGAACUUUAUUCAAGAAGGUUAAGAACACUCCUCUUAAAGCAAAAUAAAGAACUUCGAGAGUUCAAAACCUUGAAAGGUGAACAACAGAUGGAAUUGGCUAAAAUGAAAAAUUUGGAUUUGGAUCUGAUUCAUGCAAUGCAUGUUGUCCCUUCAGUUCAAGACUAUAGAAUAAAAUUACUAAAUGAAGAAUUUUCAAAAAGAAUGGAUGAAUUUGACAAGCAUAUGAGGGGGCAACGUAAGAAACUUAUGGUUAUGCAUAUUGAGGCUAGGAAUAAGGAGAAGUGGAUGAGGGAUUGCUGGUUGGAAGAAGCUAAAGCUGGUAUUCUUGAAGAAUCCUUUUAUGAGAUUCCACUGUCAAAUACUGGAUUCAAGCUGGAGAAAUUCAAGUUGAAUGAACAUUAUGGAGCUCAUGAUUGUUCAGGGAAUAAUAAAGCAGUGGCUGGUUCUUCUUCAGAUCCGAUAACUAGGCCAGUAGAAUCUGCUGAAAUGAUUGAUAGACCUACUGAUUCUGUGCCCAGUUGCACAAAUAUUUUGGAAUCUUCUGAACUGAGUAGACCAUCUCCUAAUAUUUCACCACUAAACCAGCAUGGCAGAGCAGAGAAUAUACCUCUAGAAACCAAAUAUCAAGCUUCACAUAAAAUGAAUGCAGUGUGUAAUAAGUUUGAUGAAGGAGAGACUGAUCCAGGAAUUGCUGCAACUGUUGCCAGCAAGCAACAUGGAGGGACAGGUUCUAAUUUUGUUUGCUUGACAGAUCCUACCAAGCAAGAUCAGAUAGAGAUUCCUUCUUUUGCCCAUGCAUUGAAAACAAUGAAAAGUUCUGAAGGUGCCAGAUCUGUAUUGUGUGAUCAGGUGCCCUCCAUCAGUGAACAAGAGAGGUCUGCUGUAGCUAGAGUGGGAGGUGACCAAGGCUCAAGUUCUUUCCCAAAUAAUGCGGCUUCUGCAUUAAAUUCAGUGGAUACAGGAUUUCGAAAAAAUGACCCAAGCAUCAAUGUUUCAACAGGCUCAAAUCCCAUUUCGCUGGGGCUUCCUUUAUCUGUUGGCUUAGCUUCUGUUAUGCAAGGUCAUGGAAGCUCACCUGCCCCUGUAGGGAGUGCCAGCAAUCAGAUACAUUGUUCUACUCAACUAACUGAAUUAUCCAUGCAACUGCCAGUUGUAGCCACAGCUUUACAGCUGGAACAGUUGGACUGUAUAUCCUCACGACCUCUUUCUCCACCUAUUGGCUUGGCUUUGGCUGUGAAUGAUCAUGCAAGCAGACCUGCAUCUGUCAGAAGUGAUCAAGUUCCUUGCAAUCAAGUACAUUGUUUGGCUCCACCUAUGGAAGCAUCAAUGCAACAGUGGCUUGUACUUAAAGAGUCUAAUCAUAUAUCCUCACCGCCUCUGCCUCCAUUUAUUGGCUUGACUUCAGCUGUGCAUGGUCAUCCAAACACACCUGCACCUGUAGGAAGUGACCUUGAGCCUGAUGGUCAUAUACAUUGUUCUGCUCAACUUACAGAAGUGUCCAUGCAACAGCCCAUUGUAUUUGCAGCUGCACAGUGGGAGAACUCCAAUUAUUCACUCUCACACCCUUUUGUCCAUCCAAUGCCUCCCACUAUUGAUAUUCCUCCUGCAAGAACACGCUCUGAGUUUCUCACAUCCAACGGUGGUCAACCAGAGAGAGGCAGUCCUUUUCCAUUAAGUUCCCCAAUAAUGGAAUCCAUGCCUCUGCAAGAUCCUAAUCUCAGGAUAUUUCAUCAUGAGUUGAAGAGAUUAUAUGCACUGAAGGCUUUAUUUAUCAGAAGGCAUGAAGAAAAGAAGGUUAAACUUAAAUUAGAAUAUAAAAAAGAGAUAGAUAAUCUUAAAAGAAAGUACGAUGCGCUAAUUCAGGAUACUGAAAAAGAGUUUGUAAAGAGAAGAAAGGAAAUUGAGAUGAUGUACACUAAAGUUAGCAAGCAUCAAGAAUUAGCUGGGGGAUUUCGGGAGAUAUUUGAUGAAACCAUUGAAGAGGCUGGAAGUGCUUAUCAAGGUGCAUGUUCAAGUACUGGGCAAUGGUUUGUUCAGGUACCACAGCAACAACAUUUUGCCCAGAGGCCAGUCAUGGCCUCACCCUCAAGAAGUGGUCCGACCCCUGCCAACUUACCUCCAUCCCAAAACCUGUUACCUCUUUCCUCAGUGGAGGUGAGGCACCCAUCCUCAAAUGUAGUCCCUGUCCCAUCAGUUCAGGCCGGGCACAGCCCCCCUACCAUAUUCUCAAGCAAUGCAGUCAGAUUUCCUCCCAGUUCCAUGGUUCAUUCCAUUUUAGACCUUCAAAUUAGAAGUACGCCGUGUGGACUUGCUCCACAUCUCCUUACAUCCACAACUUCUAUGUCUGUGUCAAAUCUUCAACGCCAGAAUGGAAGUAGGCUGAACCAGCAACAAGUUUUCCAUGAUAUGGGUAUCUCAUUGUCUGCUUCUGAGCAGAUUUUACCCAUAAGUGGACAUCAUCAACCCGAAGGUUCGGGUAUGUUGCAUCUUCACCAGAGUACAUCUCCCUCCACCUCGGACUUUUCUUUGCAUCUUGCAGGUUCCCGCAUUGGUGUUAAACGGCCAAAUCUGGACAGUUAGUGGAAGUGGAAUUGGCAUAUACAUCCUUUCCCUUUUUCCUUUUUAACAGGUUGGGAGCCUUUCGGUUCCAUGUACAUGUUUUUUGCAAUCAGUAAUUUAACAUCAUAGAUGAUGUAUGUUUAUAUUUUAAUUUCUUCUGUUGUAGAUGGGACAUGCCUUUCUUUGUGUUUUAUACUGGUUGA